AUGAAUGCCAACAGUAUGCCUAAACAAGUUGAGGUGAGGAUGCACGAGAGCCACCUGGAGCCCAUUGAGGCCAGGCCGCAAUCGAAAUGUGCCAAAAUCUGCUCCAAAUUGUUCAAGAAUCUCCUGCUCACACUCACCGUCCUUGGUGUGAUCUUGGGAGCUGUAUCAGGGAUGUUGCUUCGCGUUGCUUCCCCGAUCCACCCGGACAUCGUCAUGGUGAUCGCCUUUCCGGGAGAUAUCCUGAUGAGGAUGCUGAAGAUGUUGAUCCUGCCCCUCAUCAUAUCCAGUUUAAUCACAGGUCUGGCCGGUCUGGAUGCCAAAUCUAGUGGUCGCCUGGGCACUAGAGCUAUGGUCUACUACAUGAGUACCACUGUUAUUGCUGCUGUCCUGGGAGUCAUCCUGGUAUUACUCAUCCACCCUGGCAACCCCAAGCUUAAGGAGAAUCUGGGCGAGGGAGAGAAAAAUGACGAGGUGUCCAGCUUGGAUGCCUUCUUUGAUCUGAUCAGGAAUCUGUUCCCUGAAAACUUGGUGCAGGCUUGCUUCCAGCAGAUCCAAACAGUCACGAAAAAGGUAGAGGUGGCUGUUACCGAGGAUCUGAAUGUCACUACCAUGGAUGGUAUACUGGCCAACAUUACCAAGGAGCCACAGUUCAUCGUCAAAAAAUCACUGCAGUUCAAAAGUGGAAUGAAUGUUUUGGGUCUGAUUGGCUUCUUUAUUGCAUUUGGCAUCUGCAUGGGCAAAAUGGGAGACAGGGCCAGACUCAUGAUUGAAUUCUUCAAUAUCCUCAAUGAGAUUGUGAUGAAACUUGUCAUCAUGAUCAUGUGGUACUCUCCCUUUGGUAUUGCUUGUCUGAUUUGUGGCAAGAUCAUCUCCAUAAAGGACUUGGAGGUGGUUGCCAGGCAGCUUGGCAUGUACAUGAUUACUGUGAUUGUUGGCCUCAUCAUCCAUGGUGCAAUCUUCCUGCCCAGCAUUUACUUUGCUAUCACCAGAAAAAACCCCUUCACCUUCUUCUUGGGAAUCUUCCAGGCCUGGAUCACUGCUCUGGGAACAGCUUCCAGUGCUGGUACACUGCCGGUCACCUUCCGUUGUCUGGAGGAGAAUUUGGGUAUUGACAAAAGAGUGACUCGCUUUGUGCUCCCGGUCGGCGCCACCAUCAACAUGGAUGGGACUGCUCUGUAUGAGGCUGUGGCCGCCAUCUUCAUUGCCCAAAUGAAUGGCAUCCACCUUGACCCUGGUCAGAUUGUCACAGUCAGUCUGACGGCCACCUUAGCCAGUGUUGGGGCAGCCAGUAUUCCCAGUGCCGGCCUGGUGACUAUGUUGUUGAUCCUGACUGCGGUUGGCCUGCCAACCCAAGAUAUUAGUCUCUUAGUUGCUGUCGACUGGCUGCUGGAUCGAUUCAGGACCUCGGUCAAUGUGGUGGGCGACUCCUAUGGUGCAGGCAUCGUGUACCACCUGUCAAAGGCCGAAUUGGAGGAGCUGGAUUUGCACGCAGCAAAAUCUGACGACAUUGAAAUGAUGACAAAGACCCAAUCUUAUUACGAUGACAUGAAGAACCACCAUGAAAACAGUUCCAACCAGUAACCUCAGCCACUAACGGCUCUGCUGCGGAGUGCACGCUUGUCGAAGAGGAACCAUGGAAACAUGAAUAAUGGCAGCGCAGAGAUCCCCUGCAUCUGGGCUCCACAAGCUUUCUUAUCCGGUGAUGAAAAAAAAGAGAGAAUGAAAAGUCACAUGAACAGAAUCACUAAUUGUUUUUUUGUUUUUUUUCUUUCAAUGUAGUUUUCUUUUUUAUUAGUCCCUUUAAAAGUUUUUGUAACUGUCUAUCUGAUAUAUAUGUAAUACUAAUUCACUUAACCGUGAACUGAUAACAGAGGUAUACCUCACCUGUUAGAGCGCAAUUAUAUCCUCUUUAGCAGAUACUUGCACAAUAUACUUCAAGGCUUGGGGUUGGAAGGAAGAGUGGAAAGAAAAUGAAUAAGCCAUUCUUAGCAAUACAGCCUGAUGUUCAUAUGCAGAGGGACAAAAUAGCUCUUUAAGACAUAGAUGCACUGACACCAUCUUCCAGUUUUCCAAGGAUGAGUGGGAAUUAGACAAUAUUCAUGACGGUUAAUGUAAUGACUACUUAACAUUCUGGCUUUCCAUUCCUGUCAGUCUGUCACAACAUGUACACACGGCCACUGCUCUUUCUUUUCAGACAAGUCUCUCAUCCUAUGUCAUAAUUAUCAGAGUCUUUCAAGUGCAUCUAAUUGCAAACAGUGUUACCUGCAUCCCUUGGAGUCAGAGAAGGGAAGUUAUUUCAGAAAAGGAAAACGGCCAGGAGCCUCGUAAUUCAUAAGCACUAUCAAAGUGGUUAAAGCACAAAACAUCCCAUGGAGCCCAUUUUUAUUCCCCUUUGUUUUUAUUUUGUUUGUCAACUGUGAAAAAGGGACUUUUUUUUCUUAUAUUCACAUUUAAAAUUAAUUUAUUUUCUUGAGAAUGAGAGAGGCAGAGUAAGGGUUUAAAAAGUCAACUAAAGGGACCAAACAGGCAGAAAAAUCAAUCAACUCAGAGAGCCCUUUGAACUGCCUCACGUGCAACACAACCUGACUCUUUCACAAAUUGGGCAUUUUUGGUUGGGUGGCACAACAGUUUAUACUGAAUUCAAAGAAAAUCAUUGCCCUAUAUAUGAAAUGUUUACAGAGCACUUUCCUUUCCCCCCAAAGUACAUUUUAAUGCCAAUGAAAUGAAAGGUAAAAUUUUGAGAUAUAAAGAUUUAAAUCCUGAAUUAAAGUAGGGACUAUAUAGAGCACAUAAACGGUGCAAGUAUAAAGCAUAAAAGCACAAUUGAAGCCAAAAUAUCAGUGAGUUAAAUUUUCAGUCUGCGGCAUAGACAUUUAUACUAUCAUUCCAUGGUGAAACAACUCCCAGUUCAAGUCAUUUUAGACAGAAUAACAGAACAAGGGACAGUAGUUACUCAGGCAUAUGUGUUAGCUCUUUUGCAGAGUAUAACAUGUUGUGAUCGUAUAUGUUUACUUGCUCAUUAGGGCAUUACACUUCAAGAAAUGGCCUCAGUGCAACCUUUGAAGGUUUUCUCUUAAAAAAACCCCAGAAUGGUCUCAGUUUACUUCUUACUUUUUUGCAGAAAAAAAGAUAAUGUGAUGGAAAUGGAAGAUUUCCAGCUCCUAAAGAAAGCACACACACAUUUUGAAUAAUACAUUCCAGUGGUUGAAUGACCAUGUGAACAAUUUACUACCUGAAAGCACAGCUGUUACUGAACACUGAACACAAGGUGAAGCAACAGGAUCAUAAGAAAAAGAAAAGAAACAAAGAAAAAGUCCAGCACUUCGCCAUCAGAUGGUCUCUCGACAGAUUAUUGAUGUAACAUUUUGGGAAGGCUUCCUAUUUAGCCAGAACUAAAUUUGUAAGCAAAAUGUUUUGUUUUGGUUUUGGGUUUUUUUUUUGCCACCAGAGCUCAAGACUGUUUCUACAAACCCUAGAUGCUGCAGCUGUGUGUCCUAAUUAGUGAGAGGUCAUUUUAGGAAACUCAAAACGGGAACAACGGAUGCACACAGAUAUCUAAAUUAUGUCUAGAUGAGAGUAUAUGCCUCUGACCGAAAAACAAAUGACUUUUAAAGAUGGCAAACACACAAACGGGACUAAUGGCUGUUAAUCUUUUUUAGUCUGUGCGAAUGCCAGUAGGUAGUUACAUGAUGUGGAGAUUAAUUCUAUCUCUUUAUCAGCAUUAAAUCUUUCUCUGGUCUCUCGUUUCUUCUCAUUUGUGCUGGAUGACAACCUUGCCUUGAAAGUGUUCACUUCAAACAAAUGUCUUUAACAAUAGUUGAUUUAACAGCACUUAGAGCCACACUCUGUCCUUUAGUUCCUGAAACAGUCUCAGAAGACUUCUAUUUUUUUAAGCUUGGCCAGCAGGCGUGUGCUUUGACACAUCAGAGUGCACAAUCAGUGCUCUGCUCAACACGUUAAUGGACUGAUGUAUACUCACACAGAAAAAGCAAAACACAAUCAGCUGGGUUUUUCCCCCUGUGCACGCACACAUUAAUACCAUGCAUGCAAAUAUAAAGAAAAUACUUAUUAAACAUGUCAAAGCUCACUACAGUGGCAACUGUUAUCCAUGAGCUGCAGAGCACAGCGCUGAACAACCCUAUCAGGCUCUUUGGGCUUCAUCUUUUGACCUUCUGAUCCUCAGUGAAUAACUGAACAACUCCAGUGAGGAGACAAUGCGGUCCACAGUGUCACUGAUGGGGAUUGAGCAUUGGACCACUAUUAUGUUCAAACUCACGGUUUUAGAAGCAUGAAUUAAAUACAAAUAAUUCUUUUUUGCACCACUAUCUUAAAAGCAUGAUAUUUUGAAGUGCCUCUAUGCACUCUUUGUAUAUAUUGUAGGUAACAGAUAUUAUUGUUGGGUUGUUUUUUUUCUUCUUGGGUGCAUUGAAUGAUAUAUAGGAAUAUAGUUUAAUUGCUGUGACAUUAUAAAUGUAAGUCUAUAGGGGUAAAACACAUAUGUCCCAAGUAAAAUUAGAUUAGAAAUAUUGUAUAGAGAAUUUAUGUAAGAAAUUGUUUUUUAAUUCUCUAAUUGCUGUUAACAAGUUGUUUUACUUACCUGUCACACACCUAUAUAUAAAUAUCUUUUUUUUAUCUAAUGUAAGCGUUUUGAAUGUUUGUUCUAUAAAGAUAUAAGCAGUGUGAAUUCAUUUUCAUUGUACAUACAUAAAUAUAUAAUUGUUCUGUUCAGUGGUAAUGCAGACUUUUUCCUGAGAUCAUAGUGAUCCUUACACAAACACUGUUUUGCAUGAAUAAUAUAAAAGAAAGGAUGACAAAGAAUGAGAUUUAAAAAAAAGAGUAAAGGGAAGUUUCUUUUUUCUAAGGGCAAACUAUUGGUUAAGAUAACAGUUCUAAAGAUUCCUGGAAAGAAAGAGGAAGAGGUCAAAUUUGCCCUGUGUGUAGGAUGUAGCGAGAAGUCAUACCCUGCGUGAGUGGAAGAACAAACAUUUGUGGUAUUCUGGUGCCUAUUACAGUAUAGAGCAACAAUCUUCAGGUGAUUCACUUUGAACGGUUUUAAAGGGAGAAGACUGGCUUUAGUCUCAGGCAUCUGUGUUUACCUGGUACAUGUGGAUGUCUAGAUUUCCUAUUAUCUGUCUAAGCCUUCAAUGUGCCACAUCACAAACUACAUCUCUGUCACACCAUCGACAUCGAAAGGUUUACAGAAGCCUAGUAAACUGCCUUUAAGCCGCUUGCCUUUUUUUCCCGCUUUUUACACAGAAUCUAUAUGUACACACACACACACACACACACACAUACACCCGAGGUUCACCCAGCCAAAUGCUUCUGUUAAAAUGAAUAUUCAGCGAAGAACCAGUUUACCUUU